CAUGCACCUGCUCACCACCUCCCCCUCGCCAUCAUGGCCUCUCCCAGUCCCAGUCCCAAGGACCAGCCCCCUGACUACCCCCGGGCCAUCCCGCACUGGCGCAUGCUGGUCGACCAGAGCGUGCUCACCCAGGAGAUCAUCGACUAUCCCUACGCCGGCUCAGGGACGCCCUCCGACCCGUACGUGGUGGAAUGGAUCCCCGACGACCCGCGCAACCCGAUGCUGUUCCCCAACAGCGUGAAAUGGGCCUACACGAUCAUCGCGGCCUUCGCGACCUUCGGCGUCUCGAUGGCCUCGUCCGCCUACGCGGGCAGCAUCACCCAGGUGGUCGGCUACUUCUCCAUCAGCGACGAGGUAGCCACCCUGGGCGUCUCGCUUUUCGUGCUCGGAUUCGCCAUCGGCCCCCUGGUCUGGGCACCGCUCAGCGAGCUCAUCGGCCGCCAGCUCGUCUUCUUCAUCUCCUACCUCGGGCUGGCCGUGUUCUGCGCCGCGGCCACCGGCUCGCAAAACCCAUGGACGCUCAUCAUCCUGCGCUUCUUCGCCGGCUCGUUCGGCGCCUCCCCACUCACCAACGCGGGGGGUCUCAUCGCGGACGUCUUCCCGGCCGAGCAGCGCGGCCUGGCCAUGAGCGUCUUCGCCGGCUCGCCGUUCCUGGGCCCAACCCUCGGCCCCAUCAUCGGGGGGUUCCUGGGCGAAUCCGCCGGGUGGAAAUGGGUCCAGGGCUUCCUGGCCCUCUUCAGCGGGAUCAUCUGGCUGAUCCAGGCGCUCCUCGUGCCCGAGACCUACGCGCCGGUCCUCCUCCGCCACCGCGCCGCCAAACUGACCUCCCGCUCGCCCACGGGCGCCAUCUACACCAGCAAGCUCGACCUCUCGCGCGGCCCCAUCUCCAUCACGUCGGCCUUCACCACCGCGCUCCUCCGCCCCUGGAUCCUCCUCUUCGCCGAACCCAUCGUCCUCCUCCUCUCCCUCUACAUGGCCAUCAUCUACGGCACCCUGUACAUGCUCUUCGACGCCUUCCCCAUCGUCUACCAGUCCCUCCGCGGCUGGUCCGAGGGCAUCGGCUCCCUGCCCUUCCUCGGCGUCAUGGUCGGCAUGAUGACCGCCGUCGUCUACAACAUGCUCGACAACACCCGCUACAAGCGCCUCCACGCGAAAUACCACGGCUUCGCGCCCCCGGAAUCGCGCCUCCCCCCGACCAUGCUCGGCAGCAUCACCAUCCCCAUCGGCCUGUUCUGGUUCGCCUGGACCAACGGGCCCUCCCUCCCGUGGAUCAUCAGCGUCAUCGCCGCCGCCCCCUUCGGCUUCGGCAUGGUCCUCGUCUUCCUCAACAUCAUGUCCUAUCUCAUCGACGCAUACACCAUCUACGCCGCGUCAGUCCUCGCCGCCAACUCCAUCAUCCGGUCGUGCUUCGGGGCGGGCUUCCCCUUGUUCACCACGUACAUGUAUGAGAACCUCGGCAUCCAUUGGGCCUCCUCCGUGCCGGCGUUUCUGGCCCUGGCCUGCGUCCCCUUCCCGUUUGUGUUUUAUAAGUAUGGCCCCGCUAUCCGUCGCAGGUGCAAGUAUGCCGCCGAGGCGGAUGACUUUAUGAGGGGGUUGGCGGAGCGGACCCUUGCGGCGGGGGGGAUUCUGGUGCUGACGCGGGUGGAAGUGGAAGUGCAAAGGGAGAGGGAGAGCGUGAUAAAGAGAUUGUUCGGCAAAGUGAACGAGAGGAUCUACAGCGCGUGGAAUCGGCGUCGGCGUCGACCGAGACUGACCAGGAUCGCGUGGACGGUCAAGAGCGCGGCCAAUACUGACAGAGAUACGGAUAGAGAUAGAGAUAGGCUUGCACCCGGGGGGGUGUGGGUUUCGGGAAUGGAGAAGGGAGUAUUUGACCUGUCCGUAAGGUAG